AUGGCAUCAGAGGAUCCAGACAACCAAACCUCGACUGUGCCUGGGAGAACCAAUGCGAUGGCAAAUGACGGGCCCUUUGUCUUGCGUACGUUGCUGAACGAGGUGCCCUUGUCGGCAGAUGGCGCUGCAGAGGGGAUCAAGAUCAACUGUGUCGACUAUUUAGACCACAACCUUUACGUAGGCACGAGCGCAUCCGAACUGCUUCACUUUGUCCAGAUCCCUCCCGACCCAAACGAUCUAGCUGGACAACCGUCCUUCAUACUCGCCUCCCGGUUGCGACCAGCUUUUGCCGAGACUAGCAACUCCCGCCCCGGCAUCCAGCAGAUCCUUCUCCUUCCCAAGGUUGGAAAAGCCUGUGUCCUCUGCAACUGGACCGUCACAUUUUACUCGCUCCCUGAAUUCAGCCCGGUAUUCGGAACUACCCAAGUCAAGAAUUGCAACUGGGUUGGUGGUGUCGACUUGAACGACCCUCAAGAUGACGCCGGCGACCCCUCUGCGGGGGUCUUCAUUUGCUUGUCUUUGAUACGGAGGAUUCAGGUUGUGAGGAUAGGGGAGGUCGCACGAGCAGUCAAGAAUAUCGACGUACCCGGUACCACAAUAUCAAUCCGCCGGGACUCUAUUGCAUGUGUGGCAGACGCCAGGAGCUACUCUUUACUCGACGUUGACAGACAGUUGCGGAUUCCUCUGAUGACUAUCUCCUCACUAGAUGACUCGCAACCAGCUGGAGAAAUUGGCCAGGCUCAGGAUAUUGCCGGAAGCGCCGACGGUGGGAUAUUGCGGAGCGUCUCGGCAGCGCAAAACCGGCCGCUCCUGUCUGCCGGUGACCACCACGGCCAUGCUAGAAGCACGAGUCUCGGAGGUUUGCUCACCGGCGGACGGAUAGACCCCGGCCCUCGAUCAGCAGACGACCGCGCAGUCCAAGGAUCGUCGCCCCCAAUACGCUCUACUAGCCCUAGGCCUUCGGGCGAAGGAUCUCAGCCCUCACUGACAGACAAGCCUCUGCCUGCUGCGCCUAGAAGUGGUCGGGCAGAGACCUUGCCGACGAAACCAACUCCUGUCUUCCUCAAGCCGCACAUUGUUUCGCCAACCGCCGAAGAGUUCCUCCUUGUCACUGGUACAGGCCCAUUGGAUCCCGGCAUUGGAAUGUUUGUGAAUCUCGACGGUGACCCCACAAGGCCAACAAUCGAAUUCGACAGGUACCCUAGGGAAGUCGUAGUUGAUGGUGGAUCACCCGACCUCUCAACGUCGAAGAUGUCGCUAGAGGUAGACGAGGAGGGGUACCUCAUUGCGUCCAUGACAAAAGACUCUAACACAGGAUUGCGCCACGGCCUAGAAAUACAAAGAUGGGACGCCGACGGAGCGGAGCCAGAGACUUCCAAGUGGUGGCUUGAAGCAGACCCGUCUGGAGGACACGAAACGACGCCGCUGGGUAUUCGCUCGCUAAUGGGCACCGAUGAAACCCACUUUGAAGAGAUCGUUGACAGACUCUGCCAAAGGAAGUUUUCACCCUUUUCUGGAGGACUCCCUGAAAAUCCCAUAUUCUCGCCAAAGAGUGCCGACUCGCGUACAGCGUCGUCAUUGGAGCAGGUGAUCAAGGAACGAGAGCUUUUUGAGCGCGACGUUGAUUCACAGGACGAAGAGGCUCUACCCGAAGACUGGGAACAAAGCAGAAACGCUGAGGAGGAACACUUUGCACGACGGCUGGCAAACGCUAAGUCCAGGAUAGCAGUGUGGGCGAAUGACCAUAUCUGGUGGGCGAUUCGAAAUCCCAUGCUACUGCGGUUGGAAGCAAGGCUGGAAGCGGCAUGCGAGCAGAAUGGCACUUUCAACCCUGCGAAUCUGGACCGAACAGCAAUCUUUACGGUGCUCAAUUCAUUCAGGGGACAGGAUGCCAAGUCUGAAUUAGAGUUCGUCACCUUCAGUUAUCUGCGACAGCGUGCUGGGGUCCUGCUCCUUACCAACUUGUUGCAUGCGGAAGAGACACCCUUUACAGACGCAGAGCUAAAAGCGUUGGAGGAGGUCCUUGUGGACAGCAGCCUAGAUCCCCGCGUCGUCUUGUCAUUACUACCUGGUCUGCGGAAUGAGAUUGUGGAGAGCCGUAAAGGGAUUUGGAUCUUUGGCGGUGUCAAGAGAACAACGGAAGACUACCUGGAGAGCGAGCAUUAUAAAAAUGCCAGCCACACAAUAGGGACUCUCGGCAACAAGGUCAUGCAGUUCCUGAGACGGUUCCUAACUGCAUGGAGGAAGAAGAAGGGAUUCGGCAGUGUGGCGGACGAAAGCGAGGUGUUUCGGACGGUCGAUGCAGCGUUGUUGCUGGUCCUCCUUGAACUCGACCAGGACUCGCCCGUAGGACUGGCCAAAAAGAGCUCGUCGGUCAGGUCAGAGCUGUACGACGUCGUUGACAAGGGAGUUGACUGUUUUGAACGAGCUGCCUCCCUUUUGGAAUCUUAUCGCCGUCUAUUUGUGCUCAGCCGGUUGUAUCAGAGCCGCAAAAUGGCCGGCGACGUUCUCGCGACCUGGAGACGCAUCAUCGAGGGCGAGCCCGAUCACGGCGGCGAACUACGAGACGGCGAGCAACGUGUUCGGGGGUAUCUGACAAAAAUUAGCAGCCAAGCCCUUGUGCGGGAGUACGGCGUUUGGCUCGCGAGUCGUAACCCGAAGCUGGGCGUGCAGGUUUUUGCAGAAGACAAGGGAAAAGCGCCCCGGUUCGACCCGGCAGAAGUUGUGAGAAUUCUGCGUGAAGAGGCACCCGAAGCCGUUAAGUACUACCUCGAACAUUUAGUCUUUGGCAAGGGUCACUCAGGUUAUGCCAACGAACUCGUUGCAUACUACUUGGACAUUGUUAUCAGCGAUCUCGAGUCCUCCCAGGAGAGCCGAGACGCGUUGGCCGGCACAUAUACAUCAUACAGAGCAUUGCAGGCCCCCAAACCAACAUAUAGACAGUUCCUUACGGACAACGCUCCUGAAGACGACGAGGUCUGGCAGAGCCGCCUACGUCUACUACAACUCCUUGGAGGCGGUCACCAAUACGACGCUGCAGCAAUUAGGGAGCGCAUCGCAACACUGCCGGAUGAGCUUCUUGUACCCGAGACCAUCAUUCUUGAUGGUCGAGAGCGGCGUCACGAGGAUGCUAUCCGGCUACUCGUUCACAAGCUGGGAGACUACGACACAGCUGUCUCGUACUGCCUACGCGGCGGCUCCAGCAUCUACACGCGGCCUGACGGCAGACGGGAGAGCACGCCGACGCACGACAUGCAAGCCCGGCUAUUCCGGGCGGUUCUUGGUGAAUUCCUCGCCAUCGAAGAUGUCAGCGAUCAGAUUGAGCAGACAGGUGCCUUGCUGGAGCGCUUUGGUAGUUGGUUCGACGUAGAGGAUGUUCUCGCCCUCGUCCCCGACGAGUGGUCCGUCGACGUCGUGGCCGGAUUCCUUAUGACGGCGCUGCGCCGCAUCACGCAAGAGCGGCACGAAACAACAGUCACCAAGGCACUUAGCUCAGCGGAGAAUCUGCGGGUGAACCAUGACUUGAUCGUCAAAGUGGACGAAAAGGGCCCGUCGAUCGAAGCCCCCAACUAG